GACAACGUGAUCGCGGACUUCUGAAAUCAUAAUUUCCAAAUGAAAACUCCAAAAUUAAAACAUAAAAGAUCCCCUAAUGAAAUUGAACUUGAUGAUCAUUCCUCAACAACGGAUCAAUUAUUUUUAAUUUUAUCAUUAGAUAAAGCUGAAAAAUUUUUCAAUCAUUUAAAUAAUGAUAAACAACUUAAAUUAGAAAUACAAAAUUAUUUAGAAGAAUCAAAUUUAUUAUUACAAAGACCAAAUUUACCGUUUGAUUCUUUCAUAAAAAUUGAUUCAUUAAAUAAACAAAAUAAUCAAAUAAAUUCUACAAUAGAUUUAAUGAAUAAUCAUUUCAAUAAACUGAAACUUAAAAUAUCAUUAUGGGAUUCUGCAUUAAUCAAUUAUUUUAUUGAAUGUAUUCAAUGGUCAAUAACGAAAUGGAUUCAUGAAUUUUAUAAUUAUCAAAAUAAUAAAUUCAAUUCUAUUGAAUAUAAAAUUCAUCAUUCAAUGUUUCAAUCAUUAUUCAAUAUAAAUAAUAAUAAUAAUAUAAAUAUAGAAAAAUUAAUGUGUAUUAUCAUUAGUUUUACAAUGGCUUAUAUAUUAUUACGUCAUUUACAAUUAUGGCAAUUAGCAAAUAAACAUUUAUAUAAUAAUCAAAUAGAACUGAAUCAAAAUAAUGAAAAUUUAAUUAAAACUAAUAAAACAACAUGUUUAAUAGGAUCAAUUCGUUUCUUUAAAUCCUUAUUUCAAUUAUCACCUACGUCCAACCCGAUUAAUGAUGAUGAUAAUAAUAAUAACAAUAAUGAUCAAAUUAAUCUUAUACAAUUUGAAAAACAAUUUUCCGGUUACUUAUUUAAUCUUGAUUCAAUAGCGGCAAAAUCAUUAAUAGAAUAUUUUUCAAAAAAUUUUUUAAACAAACAUCAUUUAUUAGAGAAAGUAUUUGGACCAUAUACAGCAAUUAAUCAAAAAUUAAUAAAAAUUCCUUGUCCACUUUAUUUUGAUACAUUAUUGGAAACAUUUGAAACAUCAACAGAUUCUGUAUGGCCAGCUCCAUUAUCUGAAGCUAUUCCACUUAAAUUUAUUUCAAAAUAUUCUGAAUUAUUUCCUGAAAAAGUAACUAAAUGGCUAAAAAUUUUCAAACCAGAUGAUAUUCCGAAAGAAAUUCAACAACAACAACAACAACAAGAGCAACAUGAGAAACAAAAUGAACAAUCUAUAUCUUCAGGAAAAGAAAUUCAAAUAGAUGAAGUAAAACAAGAAGAAUUAGAUCCAAUGUUCAAAUAUCUUACUUCUAUUGAUACAUUAAAUUUAGAUGAAUUGAAUGCAGUCAUUGAAGUAAAUCCAAUAGAAUUAGAUGGUAUUAUACAAAAGUUACUGUUUGAAUUAUCUAUAAACUAUUCUAAUAAAGAUUAUUUAAAUAAAAUAAAACAAAAACAAAUUGAAUUAGGUAAACAAUUAAUUGAUAGAGCAAAAGUUAGAAUUACUGAAUGGAAUGAUCAAAAUAAAUCAAAAUAAGAUGAGUAUUUAUACUAUCAGAGGAAUGAAUCUCCUUUUUUUUCUUCUUCUUCUUCUUCAUAUAAUGUAUAGGUUAAUGUAUACAAAAAGAGACAGUAAUAAAUCUUUCUUUACCCUGGUAACAAUAACCCCCCUUUUUGUUCAUUUAUUUUUAUUUAUUUAUUUAUUGCGUCAUUAUUCUAAGUCUCUGAAGUUUAAAUUACAUCAUACAUAAAUGAUUGAUUUCAAUUCAUAUUUCCAUGAGUUCUAAUCACUAUUUCAAUGUUUUGGAACGUUCUCUUCUAAACUUUAUUUAUUCGAGAAAAAAUGUUAUGACCUCAUUAACUCUAUCGAAAUCUUCACUACACCAUGAGACAUUUAUUCAUCCCUAAUCAUCUUCUUAUGUAUAAAUAUGUCCAUAUCUGUAAUAAUGUUGAAUUUUAAAUAUUUAAGGUUGUAAAGGGACUGAUGAGAACCUAACGAAAUCAAAUGAAUCUAUUACUCUGCAUCAAUCUUUAUUUUUGCUCUCUUUAAGAUAAUGUAUUUUCAUUCUAUAGUAAACAUGAUAUAUUGUGUCUUAA